AUUCCUGCAGGACGCAUUGCGUGCAUUGUUAGAGUACAUCAAUCAAGUCACUUGCAAUACGGCAUAGGUUGAAUUAUGGCAUCUCGCAGCAAUCCCUCCCCGCCUCCUGAGGACACGGAGCUCACCUCUGGCCAAUCUCCCCCCAUAUAUUCCCUUCUACGACCCUACGCUGCAUUUCCCAAGAAGAUUACCGGGCCUACGGUAUGGACCAAAGAGGAGUACGAACAAAAUCCAACCCGGUGGACUCAUGCUUUUACUUCUCAAGAAAUCAAAGAGCUUGGAGACGCGACAGACCAGUGGAUUACGAGUGGGAAGCCCCUGGUGAAGAUCACUAAAGAAUAUUUCCCAUUCCCCACGCUAGCCGGAGUUCUGGCCAACAUCCGUCAAAUCCUCCUAGAUGGCCCCGGCUUCGUCCUGUUCAAAGGCAUCCCCGUCGAGACAUGGGGCACUCCCAAAUCGGCGGUUGCGUAUAUGGCUCUCGGUUCACAUCUGGGACACGCAGUAUCACAGAACGGCAAAGGCCACAUCCUCGGCCAUGUCAAAGAUCUGAAUGAGGAUGCGACACGGACGGACAAAGUCCGGAUCUACCGCACCAAUGCACGGCAAUUCUUCCACACUGACGCUGGCGACAUGGUCGGACUGCUGUGCUUAGCACGCGCGCUAGAGGGAGGCGAGAGCGACGUCGUGAGCACCCAUAAUCUCUUCAAUGUAUUGCAAGAGGAGAAUCCGCGUGUCGCGGAGCUGUUGACGCAACCGAUUUGGUACUUUGAUCAGAAAGGGGAGACGAGCGACGGACAAAAGGAGUGGAUCCGAGGCACAAUGCUGUACAUUGAACCCAAGGAGGGCGGUCGCGUCUUUGGAAGCUUCGAUCCGUACUAUGUGACAUCGCUGAAGCGGUUCUCGGAUGCGGGCCUGGUGCCGCCGCUGUCGGACGAGCAGAAGAACGCCCUGGAGGUCCUCGAAUCCACGUGUCUGCGCCUCGCGCUCCACAUGAUCCUCGAGGUCGGAGAUAUCCAGUUCCUGUCGAAUGCGCAAGUCUUGCAUGCUCGCACUGCGUACAAAGACGCGGCCCCGCCGGCUCCGAGGCGGCAUCUGCUCCGGCUAUGGUUGAGUACACCGGAAUAUGAAGGGGGAUGGAAAAUACCGUUCGAAGACAGCAACCGGAGACUAAGAAGUGGGAUACAAGUAAAUAGAACACCGCCAGUCGCCAAUCUCGAGGCAGAUUGAAUGAAUCCACUUUGAAGCGCAACAUCACAAAGUCGUUCCAAGGGUACUUACAAUCCAAGACGUGACGAGCUCAAAUGCGUAGUCAUUUUGUAUUUCGAACCACUUUUGCUUCGAAACUGGACAUGUACACUCUCUAUGUCCCUUCGUUCCAUCCAAAACCCGCCUUGGCGCCAUUGC